CUAUUCUUCUGUUCCUGCGGAGAGCAUUUAAAACGGACCGAAAUCCAUUACCCAGGAUGCUCGGCGGAUGAUAUUUCCUUCCAACUUCCGCUUCAAAUACAAGCCGAAAUGGCCCCAACAAAGAAAGGUGAGAAGAAAAAGGGGCGUUCAGCCAUCAACGAGGUGGUCACCAGAGAGUACACCAUCAACAUCCACAAGCGCAUCCAUGGCGUGAGCUUCAAGAAGAGGGCGCCUCGCGCCAUCAAGGAGAUCCGCAAGUUCGCAGUGAAGGAGAUGGGAACCCCAGACGUCCGUGUGGACACCCGCCUCAACAAGGCCGUGUGGACCAAGGGUGUGAGGAACGUGCCCUACAGGCUCCGCGUGCGCCUGUCCAGGAAGCGUAACGAGGAUGAGGACUCUCCCAACAAACUGUACACCCUGGUCACGUACGUCCCAGUCACCACAUGCAAAGGACUUCAGACAGUCAACGUGGAUGAGAACUAAGUGUCCCCUCUAAGAGUGGAAUAAAAUUGUAAAAACAAA